AUGCCGGCCGUGGCGGCGGUGCUGGCCUGGGCGGCGAGAGGCGGCAGUAGCUCGCCGGACAUGGAGACCUGUGCGCGCCCCGCCAGCGGCUCCGGCCCGCAGCUGCAGGAGCGCGUACGCGCCGUCGCCCGCAGCGAGCUGCGAGAGGAGGACGCGGCGCGCGCGCAGGCGCUGCACGCCUUCCGCCAGUGGGUCGGCGCCAACCGCGACGUCGCCGACGUCCGCACAGACAACAGCUUCCUUCUUCGUUUUCUUCGUGUAAAGAAGUUUAGUUUACCAAUGGCUCAACAGGUCCUACUGAAAUACCUAAAUUUUAAGAAGACAUUCUCAUACUUAGUACCAAAACUUGACCCAUUAGACUCACGAGUAGAUGAGCUUAUCAGUCGUGGAUUCAUGUUUGUUUCACCAAGAAGGGACAAAAAUGGUCGUAGGGUGAUUUUCUAUGCACCAGGUAAGCUGGAUCCAAAGAAGCAUACAAUUCAGGAUUUAGGGCGAGUAUUCAUGAUGACAUAUGAGGCUCUUAUGGAAGAUGAAGACAACCAAGUGCUGGGGGUAACACACAUUGGUGAUAUUUCCAAUUCCUCACCAUCACUCAUUACCUUCCUUACACCAACGGAGUUUGCAACCAUUGUUAAGUGGGGAGAGCAAUCACUGCCAAUGAGGCACAAAGAAGUUCAUUUACUAAAUGUUCCUGCCCCAGUGCGAUAUGUGUAUGACUUUGCACGAACAAGACUGAGUGACAAGAUAAAGAACAGAAUUACAAUGCAUGAGUCCUUGGGCAACCUUCAAAACACGGUAGGACUUGACAUACUCCCUAAAGAGUAUGGUGGACAAAUACCGAUGGAUGAAAUGAUAGAUCUCUGGAAGAAGGAACUUGUUGCCAAAAGAGACACAUUGUUGGCAUUAGAAAAUAUGAAGAUACUGAGUGACCAAGGAAUAAUCAGAAGAAAAAAUACUCAGAAUGGUAAACACCAAAGCAUAAUUGGGAUUGAGGCUCUAAAUGGCAGUUUUCGCAAACUUGAAGUGGAUUGAUAGGGAGCUGCCACAAACUCAAAAUGAAAUGAAUCUAUUCAAUUUUGGGAUUUAUCAUUCCUCAAUUAUCUACAUAUUCUAAAGACAAAAAAGUUUAGUUAAAAUUCUUUCUAAAGAGCUGUCUUAAAUUUUUUUCAAAACUAAGCCAGCAGACAGUGAGAAGUAGCCAGUGAUCCUUUCGUUAAAGCAAGGUUCCUCAGGGCUUUGUGUACUGAAAAAUAAAAAAAAGCAAAUGUGCUUAAUGAUAUUAUUUAUUGUGCAUGGAUGUUAAUGUUAUCAAGGGAAAAGAA